GCCAGUAUCAAAUUAAAACACGGCUCCAUAUCACACUCUGUCUGUGGCAGCAAACACACGUAAGCCAAGGAGAAGAAGACCCUUAUGGGUCUAAGUGUUUAACUCCUAGCUCCUUGCUGUGUGAUCGAUAGAUGUGUGUAUAUAUGCACAUACAUGCAUGGUUAAUUAAGUUGCAACGACGACGACGACCAUGGAGACUGUGUUCAAGUGGAGAGCAAGAACAGGAGGCGGAGUCUCGCUGAUCCAUCUCCUCGUCCGGUGUUUUGCAGUGUCAGCUGCCAUCUUGCUGCUGGCAGAUGGGAGGCAUGCUGAUGCCGUAGAUCCCGCCGCACCCGUGGAGAUACAGCAGACAGGCAGCAGCAGCGAGGUGGCCGACGAGCAGCAGUGGCGGAUGGUGAGGACCAGGGGGAACCAGUUCGUCGUCGGCGACGACGACGACCACAGGCCGUUUUACGUGAACGGCUUCAACACGUACUGGCUGAUGAUCCUCGCCGUCGACCCGUCCACCAGGGGCAAGGUCACGGAGGUGUUCCAGCAGGCGGCGGCGGCCGGCCUCACGGUGUGCCGCACCUGGGCCUUCAACGACGGCGGCUGGAGGGCGCUUCAGAAGUCGCCGUCUGUCUACGACCAGGAUGUCUUCAAGGCGCUGGAUUUCGUGGUGAGCGAGGCGAGGAAGUACAGGAUCAGGCUUAUACUGUCACUGAUCAACAACUGGGACAGCUACGGCGGCAAGGCGCAGUACGUCAAAUGGGCCGGGGACGACGCCGCCGCCGACGGCGGCCGCCUCAACAUCACCGCCUCCGUUGACGAUGACUUCUUUUCCGACCAAACCGUGAAGGUCUACUUCAAGAACCACGUCAAGAACAUGCUGACGAGGGUGAACACGUACACCAGUGUGAUGUACAAGGACGACCCGACCAUCUUCGCGUGGGAGCUCAUGAAUGAGCCGCGCUGCACGUCGGAUCCAGCCGGGAACAAGCUGCAGGAGUGGAUCCAAGAGAUGGCGUUCCAUGUGAAGUCCAUCGACCCGGACCACCUGCUGGAAGUUGGCGGCGGCGCAGAGGGCUUCUACGGGCCCUCGUCGCCGUCACGGCUUCCGGCCAACCCGAACGCCUAUGCUGGCCAGGUCGGCACCGACUUCAUCCGCAACCACCGCGUCCUGGGCGUCGACUUCGCCUCCGUCCACAUCUACCCAGACACCUGGAUGCCGGGCGCGACUCUGGAGGCACGGCUCUGGUUCGUGGACUCGUGGAUGGAGGCGCACAUCGCCGACGCCGACGGCACGCUGGGCAUGCCGGUGGUGUUCACGGAGUUCGGGGCGUCCACCACCAAGGCCCGGAGCGGCUGCUUCAACGCGACCACGAGAGACCAGUUCAUCCAGGCGGUGUACGCGCGGCUCCUCAACUCCACGCGGCGUGGCGGCGCCGGAGCGGGGGCUUUGCUCUGGCAGAUGCUCCCGCUGGGGACCGACUACAUGGACGAUGGCUACGGCGUCGUGCUUCCCAGGGCGGCGGCCACUGCCCGGAUCAUCUCGGCGCACUCCAGGGACCUGGCCAUUUUCAACUCGAGGUGCGCCUGGAGCUGCCGCUGGGGGUGCAGGAGGCGGGGGCACAAGUCGGAGGAUCCUGAUGUUGAUGAUGACCUGCCGCUCGUCGAGGAUAAACAACGAGAAGCAUAGAAUUAAUACUACUAAUGAGAGAUAAAUGGCCGUGCGUUGCUACGGAGCAAAAAUAUUUAAAAAUGUUGAUAGAAAAGGCAUAUAGAUAACUCUAUUUCAUCAUACAAUUGAUACAAAAGUAGCAGUUAAAUUGCCAAUGACAUGUGAUGCUAAGCAUCACCACUCUAGGAGACCACUCUAGGAGAUGUCCAAAUCUCAGAAUUACCUCGUCUCAAAUA